AUGGAGAGGACAGGAAAGGGGCUGAGAGCGCCAGUGAGCGCGCCGCCUCCUUUCCAAGAAGAGGUCAACUCGGAGGGUGUUGAACUUGCUCAGUGCACACGCCCAGCCUCUGCUGCUCCUGCCUCUGAGGAACAGGCCAUUGUGCUUUCGAAUAGCGAAAGCCAGAAAAGCAAUAGGAUUCAGGUGUCUGUAAUUCUGCCAGUUUACAAUGCUGAAUGCUGGUUGGACGAGUGUUUGAAGUCUCUUCUGGAGCAAGACUUUCAAGGUUCCAUUGAACUCUCUGUUUUUAAUGAUGCUAGUAAGGACAAUUCAAUAAAUAUAAUAGAAAAAUGGAAAGUUUUAUUAGAAGAAGUGGGCAUUCGAGUACGUGUUGGAGGACAUUGUUCACUUCAGCCACGAGGAGUUGGCUUUGCUAAAAAUUGUGCUGUAGGACAGAGCUCGGGAACCUAUCUCUGCUUUUUGGAUUCUGAUGAUGUGAUGAUGCCGCAUAGAAUAAGGCUGCAGUGGGAAGUUGCAACUCGGCAUCCAAAAAGUAUUGUAGGUUGCCAAGUUAGGAGAGACCCCGCAGAGGCCACUGAGCGAUAUACUCAUUGGAUCAAUAACCUAACGAAUGAACAGCUCGUGACUCAGGUUUUUACUUCCCAUGGACCGACUGUUAUUAUGCCAACUUGGUUCUGCUCCCGAGAAUGGUUUUGUCAUGUAGGCAAAUUCGAUGAAGGAGGAAAGGGCACCCCUGAAGAUCUGCUGUACUUUUAUGAACAUCUGCGAAAAGGUGGUGAAGUCUUUCGAGUCGACCAGUGUCUCCUUCUGUACCGUUAUCAUCCAAAGGCAGCGACUCAUUCAGUUCUAGAGGAAACCAUCUGGACAUACCGUCUCCUGUUUCUGGAAGAGAGAGUCCUCAGUCACUGGACAUCUUUCACCAUUUGGAAUGCUGGUAAACAGGGCAGGAAGCUCUUUAGAAGUUUAUCUUCCACAAACCAGAAAAAAGUGAUUGCAUUUUGUGAUGUAGACAAAAAUAAGAUCACAAAAGGAUUUUAUACUUAUGAAGAAUCUAAGGAAAACCCCAAGCCCAGAAUACCCAUCAUACAUUUCAGAGAUGCUUCACCACCUUUCAUUAUUUGUGUGAAACUGGAUCUGACAGAUGGACAGUUUGAAGAAAACUUGAGCCAGUUGAACCUGAAAGAGGGUGUGGAUUACCACCAUUUCAACUGAUGUUUACGGUAUAGUCCUACAUUGUGAAGCAAGCCAAAGGAGGCAGGUUUUCCAAAAGUUUUGGUUUUUAUCCAGCAGUGGCUGCAGUGUUACUGUAUGAUUUCUGCUAUAUUCAUGAGUUCCUUCCUCAAGGGAACUCUUAAUAAAUUCAAAUAUUGCACA